GUUUUAGUUUUGUUUACAGACGACGAUCGACCGUCCGUCGAGUACGGCGUACACGCGGCAAAGUGUGAACGAUUCUCAUGCACAUAGUUGAUCAUGGCUCGCCGACGACUUGAAGCAGCCAUCCGCGCUGGUCGUGCCAUCGACAGUGAGCAGUCCAAACCACAAGCAACCUUCACCAAGCUGAUGUCAUUACGAGUCAUCGACAUCACUGACUACUUCUCAGGGGUGUACAGCCUGCAGUUCUCUCACGAUGGCGAUUUGCUGGCAAUCGGCUGUGGAAAUGGGGGAGUCCUGUUGUACAGCACUAAUACGGGUGAGAUGGUGAAAAGCCUACAUAAGGGAGGUCGCAUGGAGUUACCGGUGAUGGGGCUAAGCUUUCAUCCCGAGCAUAAAAACGAGCUGGUGUCGGUGGGUGCCGACGGUAACAUCAACGUGUGGGAUAUAGAAGAAACAAAGAAGAAAAUGUUCAACAAAGAAAAGAAUAAUGAGAUCAAUGCGAUAGACUUCAGUUUGGAUGGGGAUGUGUACGCCACAGCAGGCAAGGAUCUGUGCAUCAGGCUAUACGACGCCCAAACAAAUCAGUUACUACAAACGUACGAGGGUUCCAACCAACUCCUGCCAGUGAGUGAGGACGAGAACGAUUUGGGCCAUGGCAGGCGGGUCUUUGCUCUCAAGUUCCACCCAGACGACAACAGUAUCUUUGUCACCGGAGGCUGGGACAACUGUCUCAAGAUUUGGGAUAAACGAACGAGUCAUGGUGUGCAGGGAACUAUUGGCGGUCCGCAUGUAUGUGGAAGUGGCAUUGAUAUCAAGUCUGGUAAGAUUCUAACUGCAUCUUGGGUUGCCAGCAGCGCCCUUCAGGUCUGGGACCUAGCCAUGGGUAGACUUGAGCAGUCCGUCCCCCUCUCGGGUACCGAUAAGAAAGGAGAGUUUCUCUACUGUGCCCAGUUUUGCGAUAACAAUGUCGUGUUGGCAGGGGGGAGUGGAACGUGCAAUGCCCAAGCAAUCGACAGAACGACUAACCAGUUGAUUGGCCAUGUUGAUCUUGAUGGCAAGGCCGUGCAGGCAUUGGACAGCACAGACGGGGGUCGAUACAUCGCAGUGGCCGGGUCUUCACCAGUUGUAAAGCUUGCCCAGCUGGCGUAGAAAUCCCCGAGCUGAGAGACUCAAAAGAUUCAGGGUUUGAUUUGGCAAUGCAACAUUACAUGCAGGAGAAUGAUGGCCCAGGGUUCAACAGAAGUGAGCAAAAGCAUUCCUGAGUUGGCUGGUAGUCCGUGAUAUGGCAGUCAAGAAUCUUACCUUUUGGUGAGUGUAUAUAUUAAUGUUGGAAGAAAUUUCUAAGUUUGGAAAAGCUGUUGCAAAAAAAAACGGUGGUUGAAUUCUUCAUAGGAAUGCGUUUUCCGUCCCCUCGAUGUUUUGUGAAUUCAUAAAUUUCAUUAUCCGUCCAGUUUAUACAAUUGACAUUUUUUCAGAUAUGUGUCUAAGAGAGAUCUAUAUUGUGUACAUAUUUGUAAUUUGAAAUCUUUAACUAUACCCAGUAUAGUACCAAAAGAAUUGCCCUGAAUUGUGUUCCUGUCAAACAUAUGGUUCUGUGGUGCAGCUAAAAGUUGUAUAUAUUGUAUUCAAAUAUUGUUAUCGAGUUGCAUGUACAGUCAUCAUGCACAGUUAAUAUUUAAAAAAAAAUACAAAAAUAAAAUACCAGGGUAUACAGUCAACUUCCGCUCGAUAAGAUAAACAAAAACGUUAAAUUGAAAUUGAAAGAUUAAGAGAAUGUCAGUCAGUUUUUUUUUCUUUUGCAGUGUAAGCAAAAACUGGUUUACUCAAUUACUCAGGAUGAAAUAUUGUGAAUGCAGCAUUAACUAAAGGGACAACUAAAUUUUACAAGCAUUUACUGUUGAGGUUAAACUAAACACUGCAAAAA